CUUCUCAGCUGUUUUCCUGUUUGGUCACAUGACACCCAGUCAUGUGACUCAGUGUUCGUAAAGGAACUACUAGGCAGAGGACAAAGGAGAAGCUGGAGUGUGAGAGAGAGGACUUUCCAGACGACUCAGAAUGUUUAGGAAAAUAACGAUGGAUAGACUGAAACUUCUACUGACUAUCUGUGUGCUUUUUAUGGCAUGUACAGCUUGCUUUACAGCAACCUUGCAUGAGGAAGAUCCUCAGCUUUCCCAGUGCUCUGUGGCUCCCUGCAGCAGAUUUGACUGUGCACCUGACAAGGGUGUAAGUAAGGAGGAGUGUGAGGCUCGAGGGUGUUGCUAUUCUCCAGCAUCAGAAGACUUGGGAAUAGGACAGCCAUGGUGUUUCUUUGCCUCCAACUAUCCAAGCUACAAAGUGAUUAACAAAUCUGAAACUGAAAACGGACUUACUGCCACACUCACACGUUCCAUUAAAACAUUUAUGCCUGAUGAUAUUAUGGAGUUGCAGCUGGAUAUUUUACUUGAAACUGACAGCAGGCUGCAUUUUACUAUUAAGGACCCAACUAAAAAUCGAUAUGAGGUGCCCAUACAUACCCCUAAAGUCAAAGGAAAGACAUCUACAGUACAAUAUGAUGUUCAGAUUACUAAUGACCCCUUCAGUCUUGUGGUCAGAAGAAAGUCCAAUGGACAGAUUUUGAUAAACACUGCCUUGGCUCCAUUAUUCUUUGCAGACCAGUUCCUACAGAUCUCCACAUCUCUGCCUUCUGAGUACUUAUAUGGUUUGGGGGAACACCUCACUUCCCUUAAUUUAAACAUCACUUGGUCCCACCUCACAUUUUGGAACAGAGAUGUUUCACCUGAGAAAGAUACAAACCUCUAUGGCUCGCAUCCAUUUUACUUGGCCUUGGAAAAAGAUGGUUCUGCUCAUGGGGUUUUUCUACUUAACAGCAAUGCAAUGGAUGUUCUGUUGCAGCCAGCUCCAGCCCUGACUUGGAGAACGACAGGAGGAAUCUUAGACUUUUAUGUCUUCUUGGGCCCAGACCCUAAGGCUGUAAUUCGACAGUAUCAAGAAGUGAUUGGACUUCCCUUCAUGCCACCUUUUUGGGGACUUGGAUUCCAUAUAUGUCGCUGGGGAUACUCAACUACCGAAAUGACUCGGGAGGUGGUGAAAAAUAUGAGUAAGGCCAAUAUGCCUUUGGAUGUACAAUGGAAUGACAUUGACUACAUGGAUGCAUACAGAGACUUCACAUUCGACCAGACACGAUUUAAGAACUAUGCAGAGAUGGUCAAAGAAUUCCAUGAGCAAGGUCGUAAAUACAUCAUGAUUGUGGACCCAGCUAUCAGCAGUUCAAGCCCCCCUGGAAGUUAUCCACCUUAUGAUGAUGGACUGAAGAGAGGGGUGUUUAUCACUAAUGGGACUGGCCAACCUCUUGUAGGCAAGGUAUGGCCGGGUCUUACAGUGUUUCCUGAUUUCACAAACCCUGAAACUUUCAGCUGGUGGUAUGACAUGAUAAAGGAUUUUCACGAUAAAGUGCCUUUUGAUGGCAUGUGGAUAGACAUGAAUGAACCAUCUAACUUUGUCGUUGGCUCAUUGGAUGGCUGUCCAGACAAUAAACUUGAAAACCCUCCAUACGUGCCUGCUGUAAAAGGUGGUACCCUGCAGCACGCUACCAUUUGCACCUCGAGUCAGCAGAACAUCUCCUCUCACUACAACCUUCAUAAUUUGUAUGGUCUCUCAGAAGCAAUUGCAUCAUACCAUGCUUUAGUGAAGAUCCGUGGGAAACGCCCCUUCAUCAUCUCUCGGUCCACAUUUGCUAGCCAUGGGCACUAUGCUGGUCAUUGGACAGGGGAUGUUUACAGCACCUGGGAACAGCUAUAUUACACAGUACCAGCCAUAUUGCUAUUCAAUAUGUAUGGAGUUCCUCUGGUUGGGGCAGACAUUUGCGGAUUUGUUGGAGAUACCACUGAAGAGCUUUGUGUGCGAUGGAGUCAGCUUGGUGCUUUCUAUCCAUUCAUGAGAAAUCAUAACAGUCGUGAUUCUCUGCCACAGGAGCCAUAUGUUUUCAGUGAGAAAUCUCAGACAGCUAUACGAAAUGCAUUGUACAUCCGAUAUUCCCUGCUUCCCUACCUGUACACAUUGUUUCAUAAAGCUCACAGCUCAGGGGAUACAGUAGCACGUGCACUCUUUGUAGAGUUCCCCACGGACCCAAACACUUGGACUAUUGACCGCCAGUUCCUUUGGGGAGAGGCAUUGCUGAUUACGCCAGUCCUUGAGCAGGGAAAAACUGAAGUAAAGGGCUACUUUCCUUCUGGCACAUGGUAUUCAUUUCCGACGGGUUUACAGCUUCAAAGUAAAGGUCAGUGGAUCACACUUCCUGCACCAAUGGAAACCAUCAACACCCACAUUAGAGGAGGCUGCAUUUUGCCUUUACAGUUACCAGGUUUGACCACACAGGAGACACGCAAGAAUAGUCUGAUGCUGGUGGUGGCACUUACUACGGAAGGAUUUGCACGAGGAGACCUAUUCUGGGAUGAUGGAGACAGUUUAGCAACCUUUGAAAGAAGAGAUUUUACCCAAGUGCUGUUUAUUGCUACAAAUAAUGCCCUUCUAAGUGAAGUGAUACAACUGAACAGCCAAGCAGAUGGCCUAAAGUUGCAAUCGGUGCAAAUUUAUGGGAUUAUGAAUCCUCCAAAUAAAGUGCUGGUUAAUCAGGUGGCUACUGAAGAUUUCACCUACAGGAACGACACCAAGGUUUUCUCAGUAGAGAAGCUCUCUCUAUCAAUACAAAACCAGUUUACAAUCACCUGGUCUUGAUGUUGUAGUUCAUCAUUGGAAAAAGUGACUUUAUUGAGAUAUAUGCUGAUUUUCCUGUUUUUGCAUGUUUGGAUUAUGGUACGUACUCUAUUACUGUCAUUUGAUCCAGUCUAAUGGCAGCAUGUUAGACUUCAGAAAAAAGGUUCAGUUUACUAAGACCCAUGUAAUAUCUAUCAUAGCGAUCAUUAUUUUUGUGCCGUUAAACUGUUAUUUUCAACUCUCAAUGACUGUUAUUGUUCAAAGUAACAUUUUUAUGGCAAUAAUUGUAACAUCUAAGUGAAUUGAGAUGAAGGUCUAAUCUGGCAAAAAAAUUAUGCACAGCCCUGUUCAGGGGAGCUUUUUCAGGAAUAUUUAGUCCUUGUUGGUGAUUGGAUGCUUGUUGUGGUGGAUCUAUGCAGAUGAAUGUUAAAUUAUGACUGACUACUUGAUUUUAUAAUGAUUUUGCAAAUUAACCUUCACUGGCCAGAACAGUUGCUUAGCAGUUUGUAUAAAAUGUGGUUGUACUUUUAUGUAAAUGUGUCCCUCAUUUAAUAAAUGCAGUGCAGUACCCCUGUACACUACCUUGUUUUUGGUGGUGCAGGGCAAUGUUUGCUUUCAGUUUUCUUCCCUGCUAUUGCGCUCUACUGUGCAUAUGCAAGUUCUGUACAUGAAUGGGAGCCUGACAUGUGUAGCCCUCCCAUUAAUUUCUAUAGAUAUUGAAUAUGCAUCUGCACAGUGAAGCACAACAGUAGGAAAGAAAAUUGAAAUCAAGCACUGCUGACCAAGGUAUUUUUUUUACCUACUACCUAAGGGGGUUGGAGUUACAUAUAGUAUUUAUUUUAAAAUACAAGCUAUCCUGUGAAAUAGAUGUAAAUUCAGUUAGUCUCAUAUGUAUGCUUUGAAAACAACUUUUGAUAUGAUGUUGGUCUAUUUAAGUAGGCAGCUUACGUAAAUUAUUUUUGUGAUCCUGCCAUGGCGAUCCUUGUUCAGGUACAUCCUGUUAUUAGAUGACAACUGUCUCCUAAAUGAGUGUCUGCAUUCUCACUCAGUCAUAUGUGCUGAUGGGGACUACAAGAGGCGUGCUGACACACACACAUUGUGCAGCUAUGAGCCCUCAUUGCCGCUAUCAGGAAGCUAAUUUGGAGCAAGAAUAUAUAUGUAUCUGAUGCUGGAGUGAAUGCAUAAGGAAUCGAAUAACAGAAACCCAGAGGGGAACUACAGCACUCAGAUACAAAAAAAAGAUGGAAAAAAGUCACUUAUUUAUCAUCACAUGCAAAAUUAAAUAUCAUCCAGUUGGAGUUUGAACAAAGCAGCACAUUUUUAAAAGUUACAGUAGCAGAACCUGUUAUCCAAAGUAUUUUAUAGCGAGCAUGGUGCCACAAAGGGAAUUGAUUGUUGAAUUAGGCUUUUGGUACCCUUAUUUUACUGUCCUGCUGAUCCAAUAAACACAUUUUUGAAACCUCUUA